CUUAAGUAAACGGGUAGCCGUAGCGACGAAGAGAGAGAGAGAGAGAGAGAGGAGGAAGCGGCCGCUCGUGAAGCUGCAGAGUAAAGAAGGAAAGACAAUUCGAAGAAAAAGAUCGAAAUCUGAAAAUAAAUUUUAACAAAAAUAGUCGAACGAUUUUCUCUUUGUAGAUUCAUUCUUUGCUUCCUUCUUUAAUUUCACGGGAUCCCCAUCUUCUUCUUCUUCUUCUUCUUCUUCUUCUUCUUCUUAUCCUUUACUCCCAUGUCUUUCUCACGCCCCUUCUGUUUUUCUGUUUCUCUGUUUUCUUUCUGUAACCAUUUUUCUCUUAUUUCUUGCUCUAUACUAUUCGGCUCCCACAUUUUUCAAUAACGGGGAUAACCCCAAAUUCCAGAAGCAGGUUCUGUUUCUUUUUCUUAUGAUAAUUGUAUCUUUGUUUUGGUUGUAAUCUGUAUAGUAAAUGUCUCAUACUGGGAAAUCGAUUCAAGAAAUGGGUUAUGAUUCUUUACCUGGGCGGUUUCGCGACGCGUUUAACUUGGGCGAUAACAAGCCUGAUGUGAAAGAGCACGAUCUGAGUUCACCGGUUUCGCCAUUGAUGAUGACUCGGAGCUCGGUUACUGGUGACAAUGCGGCGCUUGGUCGGCUCGGGGAGGCGGUGAGGGAGUGUGAGGAAGCUGUGAGACUCGAUCUCGGUUACGGGAGGGCGCACCAGAGGCUUGCUGCUCUUUAUCUCCGUUUCGGGCAGGUAGAGAAAUCCCGGAGUCAUCUCCUUUUCUCAGGACAGCCAGAUCAGUACGAGUUGCAGAAGUUGAAGUUGCUUGAGAAGAUCUUGAAUCAGUGUGCAGAUGCCCGAAAAGCCAGUGAUUGGAAGUGUGUUCUAAAGGAAUCUGAAGCAGCAAUAGCAGCUGGAGCAGAUUUCUCUCCGCAGCUUGUCGCGUGUAAAGCCGAAGCCCUUUUGAAGCUCCAUCAGCUUGAAGAUGCAGACUCCAGCCUAUCAAACAUUCCCAAGUUGGAAACUCCUGCUUCAUGCUCCCAAACCAAGUUCUUUGGUAUGCUUGCAGAAGCUUAUGUGUUCUAUGUUCGUGCCAUGGUCGAUAUGGCAUUGGGAAGGUUUGAUAAUGCAGUUCUGGCAGCUGAGAGGGCUGUAAAGAUUGACUUCAAUAAUCUUGAAGUUGCAAAGUUGUUGAGUAAUGUGAAAAUGGUGGCAAGAGCUCGGUCUCGGGGUUUCGAUCUUUUUAGCUCUGGAAGAUACACUGAAGCCUGCACAGCAUAUGGCGAGGGCCUCAAGUAUGAUAGUUCGAACCAUGUUCUUUAUUGCAAUAGAGCGGUAUGUUGGGCCAAGAUUGGACUUUGGGAACAAUCUGUUGAGGACUGCAACCAAGCCCUCAAGAUCCAACCCAACUACAGGAAAGCCCUUCUUCGCAGAGCCGCUUCAAAUGCAAAGCUUGAAAGAUGGGAAGACGCGGUGAAGGAUCUAGAGUUUUUGAGGAGAGAGCUUCCUGGAGACAAUGAGGUUGCUGAAUCUCUUCACCAAGCACAGAUUGCAUUGAAGAGAUCUCGUGGAGAGGUAGUUAAUCAUGGAAUAGUCAGCGGUGAGGUAGAGGAAGUUUCUACCCUCGAUAAACUGAAAGCUGCAAUAUCAUCAACUGGUGUUUCAGUGGUUCAUUUCAAAGUUUCCAACGACAUAUGCGACGAAACAUCAACAUUCAUGAAUAUGCUAUGCAUCCGCUACCCUUCUGUUAAGUUCAUAAAGGUGGACGUGGAGGAGAGUGUGACCAUAGCGAAGGCCGAAGGCAUAAGAACUGUUCCAGCAUUCAAGAUUUACAAGAACGGGGAGAAGCUGAUCGAAAUGAUCCGCCCGAGCCACCAGUUUCUGGAGGACUCAGUGAGAAAUUGUAUUCUCCAACAAACACUCCCGGCACCGUCUCAUGGGCCAAACCUCUACAACGUUUGAUGGUAACUCUUUUCAUACAAAAAAGUUAGUAAUUUUUACCUGUAACAUAAUCAACUACAUAAUUGUUUCCUAGAAUUCUAGGCAGAGGAGCCCUCAGAGACUAAAAGUUUCUUACUUCACAUUUGCGGAAAUUUAUUUCUUUCAUUUGUAAUAUUCAAGCAUAUUCUUCCUUAUUAUUUGAAUCCCAUUUAUUUUUGGCCUA